GCGGUCCCGGAAGAUAAGCGUGUCGCAUUCGUUGCUACUCGUUUUCGUGGUAGGGCGGCAACUUGGUGGAUGCAUAUUACGAGCAUGUGGCAUCGUCAAGGGAAAUCACCAAUUAUUUCUUGGAUGAAAUUUCGUAAGUAUGUGGAGGAUGAGUUUUUGCCUUUCAAUUACGAUAGUGUCGUGUAUCAGCAUCUACAUAAUUUAAGACAGGGUACUCGUUCUGUGGAUGACUACACUAACGAGUUUUAUCAUCUAUUGAAUCGAGUUGAAGUACACAAGACUAAGUCUCAGUUGAUUUCGCGAUAUGUCAGUGGGUUGAGGGUGGCUAUACAGGACAUGUUGAAUAUAGUCAAGCCGAAAUCCGUUUCUGAUGCUCAUCAACGGGCCCGUCUUGUUGAACAACAAUUGGCCAGGAGAACAAGCUCGACUUUUCCUUCGUCCACACGGUCAGGACCAGCAACCGGGGGAAUGCAACAACCAGGCCGCAAUUUGCCGUCUUCCGGAGGUGGCGCAGGCCAUCCGACCGCACCUGGGCGUUUUCCUUUGGCCGGGUCAGGCAACCAGCGACAGCCGGGCAUUGGCGGACCUCCUCCAGCGGCGGCCGGUGUUCGUUCGGGUAGCGGGCUAUGGUGUUUUGGUUGUGGCGAGUAUGGACAUCGCCAAUCGGCCUGUCCACGAGGCUCGACAUCUC